AUGGCACGAGAUGUUGCAGGAGAUAUGGACCUGGCCAAGCGUUCCCCCGUCCUUGGCUGGACUUGGUUCAAUCACAGCGGCAAGACCAAGAGGAGCCCAGUGCUAGCUUGGACCUGGUUCAAUCAUAGCGGCAAGACCAAAAGAAGCCCCGUGCUAGGUUGGACUUGGUUCAACAGUGGCGGAAAGCAGGUUGAGUGGUGUCGGCCAGUCGUCUCACAAGCGGUCUGGACGCCAAAACAACCCAGCAGCCGAAAUCAGCACGGUCAGGAUGACCGUGGAAAUGAGUGGUACUUACUUCCCGGGUCGGGGGAAAUGAGAAGCAGAAGUUGGCGCAACAGAAUCCCUUGCGACGCCUCAGGCAUUUCACUCACUCGGUUUUUGUCUCGGAAUCCUGUGGACGCAAAAUUUGUACCACAUGCAUGGGAGCAAAAGACCGACUCGCUUAUUGUCAAAAGGGUUAUUGUACAGAUAGUGGGACUCAAGCAGAACCAAGAUGUGCUGUUAUAG